AUGUUUUGCAGCAACUGCGGAAGAAAUGUCGACAAUUGCAACUUUUGUGGCAACUGUGGGAAAGGUAAGUUAAAGCUGUAAACUAGUGGCGAACGACCAAUUAAGGUCUAUAAAGAGUUGACUUCGUAACUCAAAUCAGAGGGCUCGCUCAUUACACCUACCAGAUCCCACACCUUUAAUAGUGUACGUUUUAUUUCUUCUCUCGCCUGCGGGCAUCACACCUGAUUCGUGACUGUGAGUUACUGUAGCCUAACUUCCCCAUUUUAUAUAAGAUUAAGGUGUGACUGGUCGGGUCAUAUUCGGAAGGAAAUCUUCCAACUCCCAGAGUAAUUGUUCAAGAUCUUUUAAAGGAGAUGGAUCGCAUUGCUUAAAAAGACGAGUAUGUCAGAAUCCUGGGCCUAACUAUUUCUGGCAUAUCGAUGGAUAUGAGAAACUUUAGUGUUGGGGCUUUCCCAUCCAUGGUGCAAUUGAUGAAUUUAGCCGGAGGAUUUUGUGGUUAGAAAUUACUCAUUCCAAUAACUCACCAAACAAAAUAGCCACUUUUUACGCCAGAACAGUUUCAGAAUUGGUUGUCCUGUAGAACUGAUCACAGAUUUGGGCGCUGAAAAUGGAGUGGCAGCAGCUAUGCAAUCUUUCUUUCGUGAUAACCCUGAAGUACAUCGAUACGUCUCUUCCCAAGGAAUCAGAGAACUGAGGGCUGGUGUAGAUAUUAUUCAAAAAAUCAUUGCGUAUGGUCGAGGAUUUUUUUAAGCGAUUUUGAGUUUCAGGGUAUCGUGGACAGUACAUCUGAGAUAAGUCUGGAAUGCCUGUGGUAUUGUUUUACCAAAGUACUGCAAAAAGAGCUUGAUUCUGUGAAAGAGCAGUGGAACACACACAGAAUUCGAAAGUCAAGAAAUGACAGUGUACCAGGACGUCCAGACUCGCUUUUCUUCUUGCCUGACAAAGGAGGA